GCGGGGCGGCCGGGCGGGGCGCGGAGAGGCGGCGCUGGCGGCGCCGGAGCGGGGCGGCGGGCCGGCGGGAGGGCGGGAGGAGGGGCCGGGGCGCGCUGGCGGGCGGCCGGGCGGCGGCGGCAUGGCGGAGCCGAGCGGGGCCGACGCGAGGCCCCCCAUCCGGGUCACCGUCAAGACCCCCAAGGACAAGGAGGAGAUCGUGAUCUGCGAUCGCGCCUCGGUCAAAGAGUUCAAAGAGGAGAUCUCUCGGAGAUUUAAGGCACAGCAAGAUCAGCUGGUCCUGAUCUUCGCCGGCAAGAUCCUCAAGGACGGGGACACCCUGAGCCAGCAUGGAAUCAAAGAUGGGCUCACGGUCCAUCUGGUUAUCAAGACAGCUCAGAAGGCCCAGGACCCGGCAGCUGCCAGCGUCUCUUCGCCCUCCACUCCGGAUGCCACCUCCGCACCCUCUACCACACCUGCAUCCCCAGCCACCCCUGCCCAGCCCUCCACCUCAGGCAGUGCUACUUCGGACACCGGCAACGGGAGCAGAAGGAGCAGUGGAGGGGGGCCCUCGCUUGGGGCUGGGGAGGGGUCCCCCAGUGCUACUGCCUCCAUCCUCUCUGGCUUCGGGGGCAUCUUGGGCCUGGGCAGCCUGGGCCUGGGCUCGGCCAACUUCAUGGAGCUGCAGCAGCAGAUGCAGAGGCAGCUGAUGUCCAACCCCGAGAUGCUGUCACAGAUCAUGGAAAACCCACUGGUCCAGGACAUGAUGUCCAACCCCGAGCUGAUGCGUCACAUGAUCAUGGCCAACCCCCAGAUGCAGCAGCUCAUGGAGCGCAACCCUGAGAUCAGCCACAUGCUCAACAACCCAGAGCUCAUGCGGCAGACAAUGGAGUUGGCUCGGAACCCGGCCAUGAUGCAGGAGAUGAUGCGGAACCAGGACCGGGCUCUUAGCAACUUGGAGAGCAUCCCAGGCGGCUACAAUGCCCUCCGCCGCAUGUACACUGACAUCCAGGAGCCCAUGUUCACUGCUGCUCGAGAACAGUUUGGCACCGACCCCUUCUCUUCCUUGACUGGGAACUCUGACACAACGUCCUCCCAGCCUCUGCGGACGGAGAACCGGGAGCCGCUCCCUAACCCCUGGAGCCCCUCACCCCCUGCUUCCCAGGCCCCCGGCUCUGGCCGGGAUGGCACCGGAGGAUCAGGGGGCAGCCAGGUGCACCCAACGGUCUCCAACCCCUUUGGGAUCAAUGCGGCCAGCCUGGGGUCAGGGAUGUUCAACAGCCCCGAGAUGCAGGCACUGCUGCAGCAGAUCUCAGAGAACCCCCAACUGAUGCAGAACGCACUGUCAGCACCCUACAUGCGCAGCAUGAUGCAGAUGCUUGCCCAGAACCCUGACUUUGCCACUCAGAUGAUGGUGAAUGUACCCCUCUUUGCGGGGAAUCCUCAGCUGCAGGAGCAGCUCCGCCUGCAGCUCCCUGUCUUCCUGCAGCAGAUGCAGAACCCAGAGUCUCUCUCCAUCCUCACCAAUCCCCGAGCCAUGCAGGCACUGCUACAGAUCCAGCAAGGCCUACAGACCUUGCAAACUGAGGCCCCAGGGCUGGUGCCCAGCCUUGGUUCCUUUGGGAUACCCCGGACCCCAGCACCCUCAGCUGGCAGCAACAGCAGCUCUACGCCUGAGGCCCCGCUGACCACGUCCCCCCCUGCAGGAGCGUCCAGUGCCCCACAGCAGCUUGUGCAGCAGAUGAUCCAGCUUCUGGCUGGGAAUGGGGGCACACAGGUGCAGACCCCAGAAGUGAGGUUCCAGCAGCAGCUGGAACAGCUUAAUGCCAUGGGUUUCAUCAACCGGGAAGCCAACCUGCAGGCCCUAAUCGCCACAGGAGGCGACAUCAAUGCAGCCAUCGAAAGACUCCUGGGUUCCCAGCUGUCCUAACUGCAGCCCUCGCCCUGGUGCCAGCAGCCAUCCUUCCAUGCCCUGAAGCUUGUCAUCCCACCUGUCUUUUCUCCAGACAGCAGGGGGUUUCCAGGACCUGCCCCCCCCCCCCUCUUGGGGCACCGCCUGAAGAUUUUGUUGUCACUUCUACAUCUCUUCUGGAAUCUUCUCCCUGGCCCUGCUGAGUUGGGGAGCAGAGCUGCCCACAUGGUGUCCACAGCCACUCAUUGCCGUCUACAGGCCUCUCAGUGGCCAGGCAGAGAGGGGCAUCCGGCAACUUCCAGUCUGCUGGGGCAGGGUCUUCGAGCUGAACCUCACUCAUUUCUUGUGUAGUUUUGCUAGCUUUCCCUCCUCUCUCCCCCACACUGCAGAGGUGCAGGAGAGCUGGGGCCUACUGCUCUGCUCGCCCCCAGACUGGUCCCAUCCUCCAGCACUUUUGCAGGGACAAGAGGGGGAUGCCAACUCCCACCUGCUGAAAGGGGUGAGAUGCAGGCCUGCAGGCAAGGAAUCUGUGAGCCUGGGGAAGACAGCUUGAAAUUGUGUUAGGGAACGAGAGGAAGAAGAGCUCUCUCAGGCAGGAGUCCAGGCUACAGGCUGGCAGAGGAGACUCAGAGAGGCCAGUGGCAUUGGAGUCUUAAGAGGGGAGCUCUAGGACACUGGCACUGUAAAUAGGGGUGGGGGCAUGUCACUUUAGUCCCCUCAGCCCCAGGGUUUCUGUGCACAUUCACAUGUGUGCUGCACAUUGCAAGAACCCAGGACUUGGCUAUGUUUGAAUACGCCAGUGAUCAGAGGGCACCGGUGCCCAGGAUACAAAGAGGCUCAGGGCCUGUCUCCAAAGUAUGUGGGGUGGGGUUGGCUGGGCAGACUCUGCCUUGGUUCCUGGUACAGGGUGCUCUCCCACCAUGGACCUCUGGAUGCUAGGCAACCCCACUAAAGCUGUCUGCCUUGACCAGUGCCGGGUCCCCCUUGUUGGAGCAAAGUAGAGGGCUCUUCUCCUCCAUCCCUGCCCCCAGGGGCUCUGGCUUUUGUCAGCCUGGACUGUGCUCUGUGGGGCCCCUAGGAGGCUGACACUACCUCCCCACUGCCAAACAGCCUAGCAGGCCCUGUGGCUGAGACUGGAGGCAAGGGGAGCUGGCAUUCACUCCGAAUGGGAAAGUGUCCCAAACAGUCCAGAGAAGACUCCCCGCUGGACUCCGCUGUGACUUCCACACUGGUCUUUGUAAAUAAAUGGUGUGGUCUUUGUGUGA